ACGUGUGGCCAUGUGAGAGCAUUUUGGGAGGAAGAGCGGACUCUUCUCACCUUCAACUGUACCAGAGCAUUUGGUGUUAGUUGAAAUAGUAGAUUGUAAGCUGAUAUUGUUUUUGUCGCAUUUCUCGGAAUGCAGUAGAUUUCUGCAUCAAUCAAUUAUGUAUAUUUAACUUUAAAACCUUGAAUUCUUUUUCUAUUAUAUCUAUUAGAUAACCGAGAUUGUUGUUUCACAACAUAAAAAAGCAAUAUGAUUGCUUUUCCACCCUUUAGGUGUGUUCAUGUAGACGUUAUUAUUGUACCAUAGAUACCUUUAUUAGUGCAUGAAAGGUACUAACCUUUCCAAACCUAAUUUAUACCCUUCGUUGCACUGUCUCUCUACUGAACGUAUUUUAACACUCUCCAUCGCUGCCUCCUAAAAAUAGAUUUGUAUUAAGAAGUUUUAUUUGAUCUUUUUGUUUUAUCAACGAUUGAUCUAAAAAACUCAAUUUCAGAGUAAAGACGAGUUGAUGGUUUCUUCAUCAACAGAGGAAUUGUUCGCUUGGGGUUCGUGCGAAGAAGGACAACUAACUUUAGAUAAAAAUGAUGCCUAUCAGAUUCUUAUCCCAAAAGCAUUAGAUGUCCGGAAUCUACCAACAUUUAUACAAAUCACUUGUGGAUACGCACAUACAGUCUUUCUAACUGUUGAUGGGGAAGUAUACAGCUGUGGGUGCAAUGAGUUUCAGCAGUUAGGUCACGGACAAGCUGGUGGUCAGUUAGCAAAAGUAGUUGCUUUAGAACACUACAGAAUAAUAAGCGUAGCUUGUGGAGCAUACCAUAAUGCUGCCAUUACUUAUAAUGGACUUUUAUUUACUUGGGGCUGCAACUCCAAUGGACAACUUGGUCGUGAAGGAGAUGACACAGGAGUUAAGCUAGUUCGAGCACUAUCGGAUCAUAAAGUUGUUCAGUUACAAAAUCUUAAACAACCUUAUUUAUCAUUAAUUGUUAUGCGGAAUAAUUAA